UCAGCUGUGUCCAAUCACAGCUGAUCACAUGGCACUGAUCAGUGUGCCCUGAUGAUCAGUGUAGCCCCAGCAGCGCCACCUGUCAGUGUCCAUCAGUGCCUUGUGUCAGUGCUGAUCAGUGCCUCGUGCCAGUGCCCAUCAGUGCCACAUCAAUGCCACAUAUCAGUGCCUACCACUGCACAUCAAUGCCACAUAUCAGUGCCCAUCUGAGCUGCCUUUCAGUGUCACCCAUCAGUGCCAGUCAGUGCCACAUAUCAGUGCCAAUCAGUGCCACCUAUCAGUGCUGCCAAUCAGUGCCGCCUAUCAGUGCCAGUCAGUGCCGCCUAUCAGUGCCAGUCAGUGCCACCUGACAGUGCCUGUCAGUGUCACCUACCAGUGCCAGUCAGUGCCGCCUAUCAG